UAUUCACCCUACAACACUGAGGAGCACUCCAUCCCAGAUUCUCAUCCCAGAAGACAGCAGACCUCACCACACAUUGAACACGCAAAGGGACAAAUCAUGGCAAACCUGAUAGAAACUGGAGAAUUUCAUUCAAUAGAGAGCUGUCAGGAGAGCACAGAUGCCACACUCAGCCAAUUAGAACCACCAGUGCCCAUAUUCAGCCAAUCGGAACCACCCGUGCCCAUGCCACCAAAUGAGAGCUUCACAAGGAACCAAACCGUGUUUUUGAUUGACCUGAUGCGGCACCACAUCUUCAACGAAGGCGAAGGUCUCCCAAAAACAUUACACGAACUGAACACACGACUUAAAUCGGCCAAGGGCAGCAAUAAACUGCUAUGGGAAGACGCAGCGGAACAGUUGAGUAGCCAGUUCAUGGAGUCUUUUCUACCUUCGAAGGUGUAUAGGAAAUGGCACACUCUUCUGGAGGGAUACACAAAGGCUAGAGACAGUAUGAGAAAUAUGGGUAAGGAAACCACCCGCUUUAAAUUUUAUUCAGAGAUGGACGAGCUCUUGAAAGACGUUGAGGAAGAGGAGCAUGAUGUGAUCUUUCCUGUUGUUAUAACACCAGAUGGACGAGGGUUGCGCUUACCUCCACCACAAGCCUCUCGUAGCAGCAGUGUCAAAGCGUCUGCUAAGACUGCAAGCAGGGCUCCACACAGGAGGUCUACUCCAUACACACCUCCCCUCAGGGCCCAUUACAGCACGCCAUUUCUACAGGCAUCCCCAAUUGUGCAGGUGAAAGAAAAUGAGAGCUUCAGCAGGGCCCAAACGUUGUUUUUGAUUGACCUGAUGCGGCAGCACGUCAUCACAGAGGGAGAAGGUCUCCCAAAGACCCUCGAAGAGAUGAAUGGACGACUCGAAUCUGCCACGGCCGACAAGAAACGGUUGUGGGAAGACGCGGCCGAACAGCUGAGGAGCCAUUUCCUGGAGUACUUCUACCCUGAUAAGGUGGCCAGGAAAUGGAGCAGUCUUGUUCAAGGAUACAAAAAUGUCCGAGACCGCGAUAGACUCAUAGGGCAGAGGAACAGCUUGCGCUUUCAAUUUUACUCGGACAUGGACGAGCUUCUGGAGGGGCAUAACGAGGCCCUCCCUGUUGUCGUGGUGACAGACGGGCAAGGGGAACCCAAGUCUGAGGCACUAGAACCCAGCAGAGAUGAUGCAGCAGUCGCCGACAAUAAUACAACAGGCAGCUGUCAGGAGAGCACUGAUGCCACAUUCAACCAGGAAAACACAGAUGCCACACUCAGCCAAUCAAAACCACCAAUGCCUACAUUUGGCCAAUCACAAUCACCCAUGCCCACAUUUGGCCAAUCAGAUCCACCAGUGCCCACACUCAGCCAAUCAGAAUCACCCAUGUCCACAUUCAGCCAAUCAGAAUCACCCAUGCCCACAUUCAGCCAUUCAGUAUCACUGGAAGCCCAUGAGGGCUUCACCAGGGACCAGUCACUGUUCUUGAUUGACUUCAUGCGCCAACACAUUGAAAAUAAGGGCGGCGGUCCCCCAAGAACGUUCAAAGAGCUAAAACGACUUACUGCUAUCAAGGGCAGUAAACAACAGCUUUUUAAAGAUGCAGCAGAGAAGAUGAGCGUCCAUUUCAGGAAGUACUUCUGCCCUCAGAGGGUGUCCAGGAAGUGGACCACUCUUGUUGAGGGAUACACAAAGGUUAGAGAAAAUAUGAGAACUAGAGGCCGAGGGUCCACUCGCUUCCAUUUUUAUUCAGAGAUGGACGCCCUUCUGGUCGAUGAAGACGACGAGUCCUUCCCCGCGGUCAGGACCCCCGAGAGGCGAGAGGCAGUUAGGCCCGUGCUGCAAGGCCGUCGUAGCAGAGUGAGGGCAUUCACUGACGCGGCAGACGACCCAUCCCCCCCUGGCACGCCGACGCCACCGUCUCAUAAGCGCAGGAGACGAGAGGACGAGCUGCUGCACUUCCUGCGAGAGGCAGAGAAGGCCACUCAGCGUCGCCACAAUGAGACUCUCACGCAUCUCAAGUCCAUUCAGUCUCUGAUGACCAAGUUAUUAGACAAGCUGUAAUCUCUUGUUAUGUUUGUUAUGUUAAAUGAAAAUCUCUCGUUUUUUGUAUAAAAUGUCUCGUUUUUUGUAUAAUUACGUAUGUGGCUUGUAGAAGUGACCUGUGAAAGUCACCAUUUUCACUAUUACCUAGAUACCUACACAUAUUAAAAGAUAUAAAAGAUACCUACACAUAUUUCCCUAC